AGAAACCCGCACAAUUUUCCCGCGAAAAAACCCUAAUAAAUUAAAUCCACACCCUUUUUUCUGACAUUCAUCGAAUCUUCAGCUCUUCUCUAUUUCUUACAAUUUCACACAAUUUUCACUCAAUCUCAUUCUCAGAUCUGAAAGAUUCAUCUAAUCCACACUCUAUUCCAAUCAAUCAAUAUCCACUCAUUCUCAGAUCUGAAAGAAUGAGUAAUUCUUCAGAAUCCCCUUCUCCAUCCUCAUACAAAACCAGAUCCAAACUUCGAAGCUCCAAAGCUCUAUUCAAAGAUCCCAUUGAUGAACUAAGUACGAAGACUCCAGAGAAGUUGCCACAGCGUACUCGCAACCGUGGAGUUGCGCUUUCUUUAUCGGAUAUUAGGAAAGUCACUAAGGGUCUUCAUGAUCAGAAACAACCGAACGAAACGGUGCCGUCUAAGGGGAGAACCGCUAGGAGGCUGAUCUCAUCGGAUUCCCCGCGUAAGGGCAGUAAAUUAUUCAAGCUUCCUGAGAAAUAUGAGAAUUUGGGGGAGUUUUUUGAUAGCUUGGAUAGUUCCAUUCGAUUGUUGCGAUUGAAAGGAUCCAUGACUUCGUUCACUAAUAUCAGGCCAAAAAUUGAAACUUUGACUGAUAGGAGGUUUACAUAUGGUCAUUUAGCUCAAUUGAAGUUUAUCUUACCUGAGGCUAUUGCAAUUAAGAAGUUAUUAGUGUUUGAUGAAAGAACUAGUUGUAUGAAGCCCGAUCUUCAUGUAACUAUAAACCCUGAUGCAGUUGAGUUUGAUGAUAAUAUGCGAUCUGAAUCUGGGACAAUGUCUCUGAGGAAGUUGUUUCGUGCUAGGCUCAAAGAUUUUUGGGAAUCUCAUCCAAAGGGUGAUGAAAUUCCAGAGGAAAUAUUGCCCGAGCCAUUCAGUCGCCCAAAGCAGGAGCCUCUUUUACACAUGUUCAAACCUCCCUCAACAUUCUCUGCAGUGAAAUUGUCAACUAGUGACAAUGCAGUUAGUACAGACCCUGAUGUCUCAGUGCCCAAUGAGACAUCAUUUGAAGUUCUUAACCAGCAGCCAGCACUUGCCUCUCAUAUGCCUCCAUCUUUUAGAAGACGGUUUUCUCAGAGGGUGAAGGAAAAUGUACACCCAAAAUUUCCAUCAGAUUCCUUCCAACCUUCAGUUGUACCAUCUACAGAAUCAAGCUUGAAGAUAAAUUCCACAUCUGAGGACUCUUUAUCCCGUCAGAAAACAUCCCCAUCUGAGCUGGUUUCAGAAACACCCGACAGUGAAGCAUGUCCUACAAUUCACUGUUCUUCAAUAUGCUCCACACCAUCCAGUGUUAUCCCAGCCACACCUAGUAAAACCAUUGAGUGUACAGAUGGAAAAGGUGGAUCUGUCAAAAGCGGUGAAGCUAUGUCAACCCCAUUGAAGUGUGUGUCAACUCCAUCCAGGCUGAUGUCAGCCACACCUGCUUUGAAGCCACCUAAAAGGCAUAUAAUGACUCCGGAAGACAACUCUGCAAGCUUACCAGACAAGUUGGUUAAGCGCCCACCUCGAUCAAGGUCUUUGAAAUUUGACACUCCAGUGAAAAAUGAAAAUGAUGCCAGCAGUUUAUCAAGGUCAUUGAAAUUUAGCACUCCAUUGAAAAAUGAAAAUGAUGCUAGCAGUUUAUCAAGGUCAUUGAAAUUUGACACUCCUGUGAAAAAUGAAAAUGAUGCUAGCAGUUUGUCAACUGAUGAUGACAUUUUUGAUAUCCUACCAGAUACUCUUCUCCAUUCGAUUAGGGAAAAAGAAAGAAUGGCGAUAGAGGAAAGGGAUCCAGCUAUUUCACAAGCUAAGAAACGCAAGAAAAUUAUUGCCAGUCUUCCCAAACUCUUCAACAUGAUUCACAUGAUGUUUCAUUCGAGAAAUCGUUCUGUUAUCACUAAAGAGGAGCUGAUAAACACAUUAAUCUCAAGCCACUCUGAUAUUGUUGAUAGAAGAGAAGUUGAAGAACAGUUCCAUCUGUUGUUAGAAUUAGUUCCAGAAUGGAUUUCUGAGAAGUUGGCUUCCAGUGGAAAUAUGCUGCUUGUCUCUGUAAAUAAAAUGUUGAGCCCUGAAUCCAUAAGAUCAUCACUUGAAGAAGCAAAAUGAGCAAGGAGAUACAAUGGAGCCUAGAAGUAUUUUGUUGACAUUGGAACCUAGAAGUAUACUGUUCUUUUCUUUUGGGCUGCUUGUACAUGUUCAGUCUAUUUUCUUUUGACAUUCAUUGUAGUUAGUUUGAUCUACAUUCCUAUUGAUAUAUUUAGGAGAGGUAUAUUUGUUAGAUCAACUCAUCUUUUUUGGGCAAAUGGUGUAAUCACAAUACAACUAGACUGAAUUUCGUUAAAUAAAUGAAAUGGGAAUGUUUCUUGAUGUAGGUCAUGCCCACUGACUUUGGCUGUUCGAUUAUCAUCUUUUCAUCCAUUCAAUAUAUUUAAUAAAUAUUUCAAAGAUUCUUUUCACAAUUUUAGAAGGUUUAUAUAGUAUAAUCUGUCAAAGGGGACAGUUUUGCAAUAAUAAUUUGAGUUCUUUUUAUCAAA